CAUACCGCGUCCGUGCCAAGCCGCCCGUGCCGUCCGCUAGACGCUCCGUCCACGGAGGCAGCCACCACCACAGAGACGCCGGCAGGCACGAGGCGCAGCGCGGGACGGCGGAACCACUGUGCGCGGGCAACCAUAUCGUCUGGACAUCGCCCAUACCGUCGUGGAAAGCCAUACAGACUAUAGCCUGCUUAUUUCACCAACAUCUUGAUUCAUCUGCGGGCACUUCGCCUGAAGACCUUUUACACAGCCAAGCAACAUUCUUACAAUGACAGACACGGGCAAGUACUUUGCUAUCACAGCUGAGGAGGUGGCGUACGUCAGGAAGCAGCUGGGCACCAACGAGGAGGACAUCAAGACGGCUGUGACGUCACUGCGAGAGUGGCUCAGGUUGCAGCCACACUUACCUGACGCCGUAGACGACUCCCUCAUCGAGCGCAUGUACAUCAACUGCAAGUGCAGCAUGGAGAGGGUCAAACUGGGAUUAGACGCUUAUUUUUCCCUGAAAAACAGAAUUCCCGAGUUUCUAAUGAACAGAGAUGCAAGAGGAACCGACAUCCAGUUUGCAAUGGAGCACAUCAAAAUGAUGACGAUGCCACGACUCACAAAGGACGCGUACCGCGUCCACGUCAUCACCGCAGUGGACGAAGACUCAAUGAAUAUAAUUUGGGCCCCAUAUGGUAAGAUCCUGUCCAUUGCUAUGGAAGUUAUGUUCGUCGAGGACUAUUCUAUUGGAGAUGUGUGCAUCAUCGACAUGGCGAACGUAAAUGCUGGGCACGUAGUCCGGGCGGACAUCAACAUCAUCCGCAAUCUCGAACUCUGCUACAAGACUGCCUACUGCCGAAGGCUGAAAGGACUUCACUUCGUGAAUGCAUCCAAGAUUAUGGAUUCAGCCAUGAAAAUUGUUAAGAUGGCGCUGUCUGAGAAGUUGCAAAAGAGGGUGUUCGUGCACCUUCCAGGAUCGACAUCUCUGUUCGAUCAUGUGCAGCGUGACUGCUUACCAGACGAGCUGGGAGGCACUGCUGGACCUGUUGACAAACUAGCUUCAAUGGCAGACACCGGUAAAUACUUGGUGAUCACACCUGAGGAGGUGGCGUACGUCAGGAAGCAGCUGGGUACCAACGAGGAUGACAUCAAGACGGCUGUGACGUCACUGCGGGAGUGGCUCAGGAUGCAGCCACACCUACCUGACGCUGUAGACGACUCCCUCAUUGAGCGAAUGUAUAUCAACUCCAAGUGCAGCAUGGAGAAGGUGAAACUGGGAUUAGACGCAUACUUCUCCCUCAAACACAGAUUUCCCGAGUUACUAAUGAACAGAGAUAUCGAAGGAAGCGACUUCCAGUUUGCAAAGAAGCACUUAAAAAUGAUGGUGAUGCCACGACUCACAAAGGAUGCAUAUCGUGUGCACGUCUUGACCGCAGUGGACGAAGACUCGACCAAUGUAAUUUGGCCCCUUUAUGGUAAGAUAUUGACCACCAGAUUGGAAAUUAUGUUGGUCGAAGACUACUCUCUUGGUGAUGUGGGCAUCAUCGACUUGGCCAACGUGAAUGCUGGACACAUCGUACGUGCAGAUAUCAACCUCGUCCGCAAUAUUGAAGUCUGCUAUCAGACUGCUUACCGCCGGCAAUUGAAAGGACUUCACUUGGUGAAUGCAUCGAAGAUCAUACAUUCAGUCAUGAAAAUAGUGAAGAUGGCGCUAUCUGAAAAGUUGCAAAAGAGGGUGUUCGCGCACCUUCCAGGAUCGACGACUCUGUUCGACUACGUGCAGCCUGACUGCGUGCCAGACGAGCUGGGUGGCACUGCUGGACCUGCUGACAACUUUGCUUACAAAGUUAGGGAGAUGGUCAACAGUGAGUGGCUGCUGGAGAAAGACAAGUACAUGUCAGACGAGAGCAAACGCCCCGCCGAUAACCACUAUUGCGACAUCUACGGCAUCGCAGGCUCAUUUAAAAAAUUGUCCGUGGACUGACAGACAACCCUGUUUUGCAAGACAGGAAGACGACUUUAUGAAACACUUGUACAUAUUAUACAGGAUUACGUGUAGUCAAAAACUGAAAUAAAAUACUCUCUACUAAAUCUCUUAA